AUGAGCAUUCUUAACGCAGAGCACUCCAAGGUUUUGCUAAUGAAGAAGAUUUUCUUCCAAGGAUGUUCACCUGAACUGGAGUGGGGUUCAACAGCAAUUGUGGAGAAGUGUGACGGCCUUCCACUUGCUCUUGUGUGUAUGGCCAAGUUUUUGCUAGGCGAGAAUGAGCUUACGGGAAGUCACUGUGCGCGAGUUUGCCACAACCUCGGGCAUCAUAUGGAGAAGGAGGCAGACUUCACAAAAUUGCAACAGGUUCUUGUAAAUAACUACAGCAGCCUGUCUGGUUAUCCUCUGAGGACCUCCUUGCUAUACACGAGUGUGUUCCCAAAUGGUCGCCCAAUCAGGAGGAAUACUUUAAUCAGGCGAUGGCUAGCUGAAGGGUAUGUCCAGUGUCAAUAUAAACGCAGUGAUCUGGAGGUAGCAGAUGAAAACUUCCGGGAACUUAUUGACCGGAAUAUCAUCCGGCCGAUCGAUGCUAGCAACAAUGCAAAAGUGAAGACGUGCAGAACUCAUGGAAUCAUGCACGAGUUCAUGCUGCACAAGUCAAUGUCUGAUAACUUCAUCACAUCUCUUCAUGAUCACAAUCGGAGUAAUUUUCGUCACCUGUUCAUCCAAAACCAUGCAAGUGGCAGCACCUUGAGCUCAAACCAGCGUACAAGUCCAGCAAGCGAUGAUGCAGCUGGCAGUGAGAAAUUCCGCGCCCGGUCUCUGACCAUCUCUGGGGAUGCGGGAGAAGCUGCUUCUGAGUUUUGCAGGUGCGAGCUGCUGCGAGUGUUGGAUCUGGAAGAAUGCAAUGAUUUGGAGGACAGUCAUCUCAAGGACAUACAUAAGCUGUGGCAUCUAAAAUAUCUGAGCCUUGGGGGCACUAUCAGCAACCUUCCGAAGAAAAUUGACAAGCUACACUGUUUAGAGACCCUGGAUCUGAGGAAGACAAAGAUAGAGAUAUUGCCGGUGGAAGUCAUUGGGUUGCCUCACCUAGCCUACCUGUUUGGAAAGUUUAAGUUUGGGAAAAAGGACUUGAGAAAGAGCGAAAUAGCGGAGUUCUCGCAAAGAAAAAGUAAGUUGAAGUCUCUUGCAGGAUUUUAUGCAGAUGGAAACCCUGGGUUUCUACAACUGAUGGCUCAUAUGAAAAAACUGAAAAAGGUUAAGAUAUGGUGUGAAUCCACUGGCGCAGACAACAGAGGCUUGCCUCACGUUUCAAAGGCAGUUCAGAAGUUUGCUCAGGAUGGCAUGGACACAACCGGCGUUCGUUCUCUGUCACUCAAUCUUGGGAAUACCAUGGGUGACUUCCUGGGUUCUAUUCAAGAAUAUUGUUAUCUUAGCUCGCUGAAACUGCACGGCCGGCUUAGUGUAUUGCCUCAGUUUGUUACAUCCCUGUGUGGCCUCACGGAGUUGUGCCUUUCAUCGACUAAUCUGAUGGGGCAUGAUCUAUCGAACCUGCGCAAGCUGCGCUACUUGCUUUACCUCAAGCUGGUUGAGGAUGACCUUGGGAGCUUCACCAUAGACAAUGGGGACUUCCCAAGCCUGCAACGCCUAUGCCUUGUGGUGAAAAUGCCCAUCCUCCCUGCAAUCAAAGAGGGAGCCCUGACGUACCUUGUCUCAGUCCAGCUGCUCUGUGAAAACCUCUUUGAUCUUUCAGGCAUGAGGAUCGAGUUCCAUGAUUGUCUAGAGGAAGUUGCCCUCGAUUCUAUGGUCAGUACAAGAACGGCAGAAAUGUGGGAAACCGCAGCGAAGAAGCAUCCCAAGAGACCAAAAGUUGUGUUUCUCAAAAGGAUUGAUCCGAGCGAACCCUAG